UUGGUGAGAUGAAGAUGCCCGCCUCCUUCGUUAAGCCAAGUCAUACGAAAAUAAAGACAUAUAUACCCUUUCACACGCACACACCACUCUUGCUCUUGCGUCCUGUGACUUUGGGAAAAGGGGGAGUGAGAGUGAAGUGCAAGGGCAAGGCCAGAGCAGGUACAAUGAGCGAAGGAAUGCGCACAUUUAUGACCAGCCAAAUGCCAAAGGAGGAGAUUGCUGCUCUCUCGUUUCUAAAUUCCUAUCCCUCUUAUGAUGGCAGGGGAGUGGUUAUUGCAAUAUUGGAUUCUGGUGUGGACCCAGCGGCUGCUGGGUUGCAGGUAACAUCAGAUGGAAAACCUAAAAUCUUAGAUAUUCUUGACUGUACAGGGAGUGGUGAUAUUGACACUUCAAAAGUGGUUGAAGCUGAUGAUGAUGGCUAUAUUGUUGGGGCAUCAGGCACACGGUUGAUGGUAAACAAAUCAUGGAAGAAUCCUUCUGGAGAAUGGCGAGUAGGUUAUAAAUUUGUCUACGAACUUUUCACUGAAACUUUGACUGCUCGUUUAAAGAAAGAGCGUAAGAAGAAAUGGGAAGAGAAACACGCAGAAGCUACUUUAGAUGCCUUCAAGAAGCUCACAGCAUUUGAUCAGAAACAUCCUAAACCAGAUAAUCAUGCCUUGAAAAAGGAGCGCGAGGAUCUUCAAAAUAGAGUUGAUUAUCUUAAAAAACAAGCCAGUAUAUAUGAAGAUAAAGGGCCAGUGAUAGAUGCUGUUGUUUGGAAUGACGGUGAUGUAUGGAGAGCAGCAUUUGACACCCAGGAUCUUGAGGAGGAUGCAGAAUGUGGAAAAGUUGCAAAUUUCACUCCUCUAACAAAUUACAGAACCGAGAAAAAAUAUGGUGUGUUUAGCAGAUUGGAUGCUUGUACAUUUUCAGUAAACAUCUACAACAACGGUAGCAUUCUUAGUGUUGUGACAGAUUGUUCUCCUCAUGGUACACAUGUGGCUGGCAUUACUGCAGCUUACCAUCCAGAGGAACCAAUGCUGAAUGGAAUUGCACCAGGAGCACAACUUAUUUCAUGCAAAAUUGGAGAUUCUCGGUUGGGCUCAAUGGAAACAGGAACAGGUUUAACACGUGCUUUGAUAGCAGUGCUCGAGAACAAAUGCGAUCUUAUUAACAUGAGUUAUGGUGAGGGUACCAUGCUGCCUGACUAUGGACGCUUCAUCGAGUUUGCAAAUGAAAUUGUAAACAAAUAUGGGGUAAUAUUUGUAAGUAGUGCUGGUAACAGUGGACCUGCAUUGAGCACUGUCACGGCUCCAGGUGGCACAAGUUCAAGCAUUAUAGGAAUUGGAGCUUAUGUUUCACCUGCCAUGGCUGCUGCUGCUCACUGUGUGGUGGAACCACCCGCUGAAGGGCUUGAGUACACAUGGUCUAGCCGUGGACCCACUGUAGAUGGUGACUUGGGAGUUUGUUUAAGUGCUCCUGGGGGUGCUGUUGCUCCUGUCCCUACAUGGACCUUGCAGCGACGUAUGCUAAUGAAUGGCACUUCUAUGGCAUCUCCAUGUGCUUGUGGUGGUGUUGCUCUUUUGCUCAGCGCCAUGAAGGCGGAGUGUUUUCCUAUCAGUCCAUACACUGUACGUAAAGCCUUAGAGAAUACAGCAGCUGCUAUUGGUAACAAGCCAGAAGAAAAAUUAUCAACUGGACAAGGGUUGAUGCAAAUUGAUAAAGCAUAUGAGUAUCUAAAACAAUGCAAGGGUAUGCCUUCUGUUUGGUAUCAGGUUCAAAUCAAAAGGAGUGGAAAUUCAGGCGCGAGCAUGCGUGGAAUAUAUUUAAGGGAGGCUUAUGAGUGUCAGCAGACUAGUGAGUGGAUUGUACAGGUCAAGCCAAAUUUUCAUGAAGAUGCCGACAAGUUAAAACUAUUGGUACCUUUUGAGGAAUGCAUUCAGAUAAAAUCCAGCAAUGGGGAUGUAAUAAAGGUCCCUGAAUAUAUUCUUCUCACACACAAUGGGCGCAACUUCAACAUUCUUGUAGAUCCAACUUCUCUUUCUGAAGGAGUGCACUACUUUGAAGUCUAUGGCAUUGAUUGUAAUGCCCCAUGGCGUGGACCUCUUUUUAGAGUACCUGUGACAGUAAUGAAACCUUUAUACAUAAAAAAGAAUCUGCCAGCAAUUUCUUUUUCAGGCUUGUCCUUUGUAGCAGGCCACAUUGAGCGAAGAUUUAUUGAAGUUCCUAUUGGCUCUACCUGGAUAGAGGCUACCAUGCGGGCUUCUGGUUUUGACACUCCUCGCAAGUUUUAUGUUAAUACUGUUCAGAUUUGUCCUAAAUGUCGACCCAUUCAAUGGGGAAGUUUUGUGACAUUUACUUCUCCAUCAUUGAAAAGCUUCACUUUUCGAGUUGAAAGCAGUCGAACUAUAGAAAUUACUAUAGCUGAGUUCUGGUCCAGCGGAAAUGGCAGUCACAUGACAACAAUUGUAGAUUUGGAGAUUGAAUUCCACGGAAUUAUGGGAAAUAAAGAAGAGAUUCUUCUUUCUAGUUCUGAGGCACCAACAAAGAUUGAUGUGAAGGCCUUAUUAUCGACUGAGAUGCUUACUCCUGCUGCAACUUUGACAAAAGUUAGAGUUCCAUAUCGGCCUGUUGAAUCAGUUCUUUUUCCCCUUCCUACAACAUUGGACAAAUUGCCUUCUGGGGCACAAAUCUAUGGGUUGACAUUGACAUACAAGUUUACUUUGGCUGAGGAAAGCGAUGUAUCAGCACACGUGCCACUACUUAAUAACCGCAUUUAUGAUACUCAGUUUGAAUCACAAUUUUACAUGAUAGCGGACACAAAUAAGCGUGUAUUGGCCAUGGGAGAUGUAUAUCCAAAAGCUACAAAACUUCCGAAGGGUGACUAUACCUUGCGUUUUUUACUCAGGCAUGACAAUACACAUUACUUGGAAAAGUUGAAAAAGAUGGUUUUGUUCAUCGAGAGAAAUUUGGACAAAAAGAGUGUUAUAGGAUUGAGCUUCUAUUCACAUCCAGAUGGGUCAGUGACUGGGGCUGAUAGCUUCAAUUCUACUCUUUUGGCUUCUGGGGAAACACAAGCAUUGUACAUCAGCCCUCCAGCAGAUGACAAACUUCCAAAGGAUUGUUCUGCAGGGGCACUUCUGAUUGGUGAAAUUACCUAUGGGAAGUUGUCACUAGGGAACAAGAAAGGGGAACAAAAUGGGGAUAACUGUCCUGCAUCAUCUGAGAUAUCUUACAUGGUGCCUCCAGCAGCUAAGGGAGAGGAGAAGGAGAAAGAGAAGAGCAGUGCUAGGAGCAAAAUAAGUUUGGACCUCCGUUUGGAACAAGCGGUGCGAGAUUCUAAGCUCAGAAUUCUUUCAAGCCUUCCAAGAGAUACAAUGGAAGAAUAUGAAGAAUGGAGAAAUUUAGCUACAACUCUCAAGUUACAAUAUCCCCAAGAUACAGAAUUAUUAACAUCAAUUCUUGGAGGACUGGUCUCAAUGAGUUUGAAUGAAGAAAACAGAAAGCAUCAAAAGGAGAUAAUAGACACAGGAAAUGACAUAAUCGACAGUAUUGAUAAGGAUGAACUUGCAAAAUAUUUCUCAAUGAAGAGUGAAUCUGAAGACAUGGACGCUGAUGAAACAAAGAAGAAGAUGGAGGCUCAACGUGAAUGGUUAGCGGAAGCAUAUUAUAGAAAAGGAUUAGCAGUGGAAAAAAUUGAUUCGUUGAAGGAAAAGAAAGUAGAGAGAGAUGACAAUCCUGCCGUAGCAAGCCCUGAGUCCUCUGAUGACAAAGAGAAAAAUGUUUCUUCUUUAGAUGCGGAUGACACUAGGGAUUUGUUUGAAGAGAACUAUGAAGAAUUUCGCAAAUGGGCAGAUGUAUUCUCACCCAAAUAUGGUUUACUGACAAUUGUACGUGAAAGGCGUAGCAAACGGCUUGGAACUGCUCUUAAGGUUCUAAGUAAGAUUCUUGAAGAUAAAUCUAAGCCCCCACAGAAGAAACUUUUUAACUUGAAGUUGGCAUUGAUAGAGGAGAUCGGUUGGAGUCAUUUGGUUUCAUAUGAGAAAGAUUGGAUGCUGGUUCUCUUUCCAUCUGAUUACCCCCUUUUUUAAGUCACUGAAGACACAUGCUUUGAGGUAGCAGUGUGGCCUUCAUCGAUCCUGUGACUACCAAAAGUGAACAAGUAACUCCCGUGGUUAAUGGAGAAAAUGAUUGUUUAGAGAUACUAGAUGCAAUGCAUAUAAGAGUUACAACAUUGUAUUGGAUUUUGUGGAUUCCGAAACUCAUAACAAUGUCCAAUACAAAAUCAAGGUGGGUCUCUCCAAGCUAAGUCAAUGUUGUAAGAUAACUUUCCUUUUCAAUUCGUCAUUGUUAAAAUGUUUUUAUUAGAUUAUCAAAAGCUUUAAAUAUUUCUGUAAUGUAGGUUCCGUGCAUAUUAUUAUGUUUGGAACAUGUUUUACAUUUGAAAACAAAAAUUUAUAAAAUCAAUAUUGUGUAA